UGGUUCUUCUUGGAGCUGGUAUGUAUGUAUUUAUUAAAUGUAUCUAAAAUGCGACUGUGUGUGCUGGUACUACUCGCGUGUCCGGUGCUCUGUGAUAAUGUGACCGAACAAUGUCCAAAUGUGAAGACAUCUUUGGGCAGUAUAAGGAAGAAACGGUAUUUAGUUUUUCCAGAUGGGAGUAGUUUUGUGAUGACAAUUUCCCUGGUGAAAGCGUUCAUGACGCACGUUCCAGCAGGUUGGAACAUAGCUUUGGAAAUCGACGUGCUUUUUCCUCUACCCGAUGAGAAGUUUUCCAAUGAACAUAGGAGGCGGAAGCACCAUCGACAAAAGAAAGAUAUCUGGGAACGUCUAGAAAAUGCAUUAUAUUAUCAUAACUUCAACGGCCGCGCGUGUGUACUUCGUUGCAUUUGUGAAAGCAAGACUCAUCUGGCCCCUCCUGGUGCAUCGCUGGUCCAUGAUUUACUGAGAGCUAUUUUUACGGCCCCACUAAAAGAGGAAUAUUCAAACGAGAUCAGUGAUACGUACAAUGAGAUAUUGGAUCCCAACUUUUGUGAUCAUGUUCACGACUGUCCCUUUUCCAUACUACAUUUUAUAUUAACUCUGAAUAAACGUAAAUAUUAGGAUAUAUUCGUGUCAUAAUGUCUUUGUUAACUUUAUUUAUAUGAAGGAGAAAAUAAAAACACAUGAAUUUAUAUAUUUUUGUAACACUGCGUUGCAGAAAGCGGUAACACUCCGUUCAGUAUCACGUAAGCACUAUAGAGGGGAGAGGGGGGUUCUUUGAUUUACUUAUUUGGUGAUUACGUCAGUAGUAAUUAUUACGCACUACUUACACAUUGUCUUUGUUUGAAGACCAAAUGCAUUUUCAAGGAUUCCUACAAAAAAUAUAAAUACGUUUAUGUACUAUUAUUUUUGAGUGCUUUGGAUUACUUUUGCUGACAAGAGGACGGUGGGUACGUAAUAUUUGAUAAGAAGAGCAACUGGCGACCUUAUUGUUUUCGAGAAAUCUAUUCCAGGUAACCACUGAUAGAAUUGAUUUUAGAUAAGUAAAGCGAGAAGUGCAGAAAUACAUAAGACAUAUAGUUAUUUAGACAAAACUAAUGGAACAAAAACAAAUAACACUUCUGCAAUUUAGAAUAACAAUAUAAAAUUCAAACAAUUAUUUAUAUCGAUUUUACAUAUACAUAGUAUAUAUGUACAAUUAUACGCAACUUAGAGUAGAAAUUCGAGCUAAACUAAGUACAAAAAUAAAAGAUAAAAACGUUGAUUCCUUAGAUAUCACACAGAUCCAUAAAUGCUGGAUGCUUUUCUUUGCAGCAAUGCGAUUGCUUAUACGCUGAACAAGAUUUACCUUGUAUUUAUACCAGCUCUGGUGUGAUCGGUACUGUCUACGAACAUAAAUAUUUUAUUAUAGGCUGCGCACUGCACUGGUACAAAUAACAAAAGUUUAUUAAUAUUUAACAUUUUAGUCA